UAAUGGAGACAUGGGUUUUGUUGGGGAAGGCAAUUAACAUGAAAGAAAAAUUUGUUGAAAGUUAGGAAAGGGAGCACAAGUAUAAAUUACAUGGCUAUAAAAGUAUUACUUAAUCAUCUUCUAAUCAACAAAAUUUAAUUUUUUUCCUUCUCUUACAUAAAUUUGUCUUCACAAUUUGCCUACUUAAACACAUAUUUGGUGAUUCUUCCAGUGUGAAGAAAUGGCUGGUGUUGCAGAAGUAGAUGGCGGAAGUGGCCACGGAGUUGAUGCAAAAGGUAAUUUGCUGGUGGCGCUACAGCGCACGCCAGAGGGAGAAUCCCUCCGCCGCCCUCGCGGAAGGCCAGCUGGCUCCAAGAACAAACCUAAACCACCGAUUAUCAUCACCAGUGAAAGUGCUAAUGCACUAAGAGUAUAUGCAAUAGAAGUAAACUCCGGCUGCGAUAUUAAUGAAACCUUAAUAAACUUUUCCCUGCGGAAACAGCGUGGCCUAUGCGUACUUAACGCGACAGGUUGCGCCACCAAUGUCACCGUCCGACAGCCAGCUUCAUCGGGAUCAGUCGUCACUCUCCAUGGCCGGUUCGAGAUUCUCUCGUUGCUCGGUUCAAUUCUGCCGCCACCAGCACCGCCGGGAGUGGCUGCCGGUAUUACAGUCUACCUUGCCGGGGCUCAAGGGCAGGUUGUGGGAGGGAGUGUGAUUGGUGCUCUCAUUGCUUCAGGCCCUGUAGUUAUUAUGGCUGCUACUUUCAUGAAUGCCACUUUUGAUCACUUGCCAUUAGAGGAUAAUGAAAUUGUUGCCGCCGCGGCUGCUGCCAAUCAUAACCAGCAGUACCAAAACAAAAGGCGGCGCCACCGGAUUGAUGUCUCUGAGAUAUAUGGGGUGCAACAAAAUUUGCUAACAAAUGGUGCUGUGCCUUCGGAGAUAUAUUCAUGGGCACCUGCAGGCGGAAUCUAUCCAAGUCCUAGAAUUAUUGCAAAAUAAGAUCAAGAGUCUAUAAUAGUUUCCAAGAUCAAAAUUUUUCACUUUAUACAGUAAUUAGUAGGGUUCAAAGUACUGAAAGUUAACUGAUUUUUUAAGAAGAAAAUUAUGUUGAAAUUUGUCGCUCCUCAUUCUUAUAUAUUAGUUUGACAAAAGAUAAAGCAGAUGUGGAGGAAGAUACAACUGCUAAAACGUACAAGUGACAAGAUGUUUAAAAUUUAGCCCCCGUUUCAGCCCCAUUAUUUGGAAAUUAUAAU